AUGGCAUUGGCAUUGCUGAUUGUUCUUGCUGCUGUUCGAGGAUUUCCGGUGCUUCGGAUUUAUGGCAUUGGCAUUGUGUUCUCCGGUUUCCCGUUUGAAUUGGUGUUCUCUGGACGGAUUGAUGCUGCAGUUCCUGGUGCACAAGAUUGGUGA